AGUGACGUUGUUAAAUUGGUAACACACGGAGACCCACAAGUAACUACCAAAAACUGGACCAAACUGAAAUUAUUGCCCCACAAUGUGUAACUGACAUGGCGGAAGGUUGUGAAGACACUGAUAAUAAUAGUGGUAAUCGUAACGCCGAUAACGCUCCUACCAUGUUGGGUACUGUUCUACCCUGUGAAGCAGCUAUUACCGCCUCCCUCGGUGUAUCCGGUGGUGGUGUUAUGAAACGUGAAUUUGUUGAUGCCACAAGCGUACUAGGCGCCCACCUCACAGCCAGUGUUAGUUUGGCCAGUCCCACAGCAGCGCCAAUGAUGUCACCCAAUAAUACAAUGUCAAAUAAUAGUAGUAACGGUUUAUUGAAUACAGCAACGGUAACAUCGUCAACGGGAACACCAGUAACAUCAGCGUCGACAGAAACAAAUCAGCAAGUAACACCCGCAACAGCAAAUAAAACAAAUGCAGCAUCCGCCACAAAUAACGGUUUAACGGCACCCUUAGUUUGUAGCACAACAUUAUCUUCCUCAUCAUCCUCAUCGUCGUCGUCGUCCUCUUCCUCCUCAUCGAAUUCUUCGCUAUCCUCAUCAUCGUCGUCUUUGAACUCCACCACAACGGCAUCCUCCUCAACCACCGCGGCCAUAGCUAAUACAUCAAAUACCAACAAAUCUCCAUCCUCAUCGCCAUAUUCAAGUGCAGCAGUGGCCUCAUCACCGGGACGUGCAACACCUGGUCCGAAUAGUAAUGCCAGUUGUGGUUUUGCAGCACCCAUCACCUCAACGACACCGACAUCGGCGCCCACGCUGCCAGUCGCAAUGGCAACUUCAAGCGGCAGCAGAAGCGAAACACCUCCACCGGCAGCCCUCCACUUGGCAUUGAAUAUUAAAACUGAAGCGGACUAUGACAAAGAGAUACCUCCACACAAAAUCAAUUCCCCCUUGGGUAAUAACAUCAACGAUAUGCCAAUACACUACAAUGGGCCCCAUGAGGAUGGAGAUGACGGUACAGGUGCUCCUGGCACCACCACCACACUGGAGGAGGAUGACAAAGAGCAUCUCAAAGAAUUGGAAUUUUAUAAGAAUUUAGCCAAGGCCGCAUCGUUGGCCUCACAAAACAACAAUAACAACAACACAAGUAAUAAUAAUUUAGAUAAAUCACCAAUACCUCAUCUGCAUCACCAUCAUCAGUUACACGAACCGACACACAGUUCGAAUGAUAUGCAUUUAUCAUCGCCAGCACCCUCACCGGAACCCAUGCAAAUCGAUGUGGAUCCACAUUUACAUCAUCAUUUACAACGUGCCAAAGAGGAAGAUAUCCAGCAAGAUGAGACGUCUCUGCUGCAUCAUGGCCAUGGUCAUGGCCAUCAUCAUCACGAGGAUCACAAUAUGACCGAUGUUGAUGCUGAGCUGGCGGAACAGCAGUCAUCGGAACAAGCUAAAGCUUUAGCUGCGGCAGCAGCAGCUGCCCAGGCUCAUCUAAAUGGAACUAUGCAAGAAAUGUUAAAUUUACAAAAAUUGCAAAGUCUCACCUCAACAUUCCAACAACAACAGCAAGAACAGAGUAUAGGCAAUAGUGCGGCCACCGCUGCCGCCCUGGCAAGUCUCCAGGGUCUGGCUGCGGGGAUACAAGCCACAGCUGCCGCAGCUGCCCUCAACUCGCCACUGAAUUUAAGUGUGGCCAAUAGUGCUGGUAUACCCACAAGUAUGGCUUCGGAAUUACUUAACUCGCACAAAGUUAUGGCCCAUAUGACUGAGGCGGCUGGCAACAGCAACGGUGGUGGUGGAGAUAGUCAAAAUCAACGGAACUCCACUUCACCGAAUCAUGGUUCGAAUAGCCUGACGGGUGGAGGACAAUCAACGGCUUCAUCAUCACAAAAUGCUUUAGCCAAUGCUUUGAGUAAUGCUGCAGCAGCAGCGGCGGCGGCUCAGGGUACAGCAGCCACGGCAUCGCCACCACCACAGCUGCAGGCACCACCGGCCAGUGCACAAAUGCCGCAGCUGAUAUUGGCAUCGGGGCAAUUGGUGCAAGGAGUCCAGGGCGCUCAGCUGCUGAUACCCACAGCUCAAGGCAUUGCAGUCCAGACCAUCCUCACCAUACCGGUGAGUCCCCAAGUGAAUACCAACGAACAAUUCCUAACCAACUUCGGAGCAUUUGCUGGCUUCCAUCAGCAACAGACGCCACCACCACCCACCCAGGCCCAACUGCUGGGCAGUGCAGCACCCCAUUUAUCAGCCUCCUUGGCUGCCCUGCAUCAAGCACCCACCUUACCCCAGCUGGCCCCAGCUCCAACGAAUUUACUCAAACCCAAUCUCUUCUCCAAUGGAGUCCAACAGCUGUUGGCCGCCUUGCAUCCUGAGCUUUUUGCUGCUGCCGCUGCCAAUCAUCAUCAACAACAGCAGCAUGCCCAGCAACAACAACACGCCCAGCAGCAGCAACAUGCCCAGCAACAACAACACUCCCAACAUCAGCAACAACAUGCCCAACAGCUGGCUGCCCACCAUGCCCAUCAUGAUUUGCAUUUACGUUCCGCCAAUGAUCGAUCCCCGCCUUCUUCGCCCACAAAUAGUACAAAAGCUGCGGCCGCAGCAGCUGCAGCCGCUGCUGCAGCUUUCCACCUACAAUCCCAGUUGCAAAUUAAAGCCGAGACCCAACCUCAUUUACAUCCUCAUCAUCAUGCUGCCGCAGCAGCCGCCGCUCUGCAUCAUCACACCCAGGCUCUGAGGCAUGCUGAGGGUUUGGCCUCUCCAAAAUUGGAUUGUAAAUCGAAAAUUAGUCUCAGUUCCGAUGACAAUGAUGACCUACCCCUCUCCCGGCAUCAGUUUGGGGCUCAUCACCGUUUGGCCAACAACUCCAGUUCACCACGUCCAUCCUCCAGUACUUCCAGUAGUUUGGCGCUGAGAGAACGUGAAAGAGAACGAGAGCGGGAAAGGGAACGUGAGCGCGAAAGAGAACGAGAUCGCGAGAGAGAACGCGAGCGUGACCGUGAAGAAAAACGUGAAUCCGGUUAUAGGGAGCGAGAACGUGAAAGGGAACGGAUACGUGCCGCCUCACCUGCCACCUUAAAUGCCCGCAGUGCAGCCGCCUUGGCCAAAGAGGCUGCUGCCCAAUCACAUUCAUCAUCGUCUUCAAAUAACUGCAACGAAAGAGGCUAUUCAUCACCUGCAGGCUCAUCCACCAGUAACCAAAUAUAUCGGGCCCAUUCUCCCCACCUUUCCCAUCAUUCAAUGGGUCGUCAAACGCCACAUGCCAUUUCACUGGAUUCGCCACACGAAAGAGACUAUUUGGGUAAUGGAGGGCAUAUAUCGGCCUCGUCCUGCUCCAAUACGGCCACUUCAACGGCCAAUGUACUUAGCAAUAUGAAUAGACUCUCUUCCUCCAAUGGUGAGCUGAGCAUAACAAAAUCCCAUGGUUCAUCUGGGGCCACUGCCACCGCCACCACAAGCGGAGGUGGCCUAUCCGUUUCACCUACCCCCUCAGCGGGACCAAAUAUGUCUUCAACAAAUGCCUCCACCUCAUCAGCAUCUGCAAUGCAUCCUCAUCAUUCGAUGCAUCCGUUGAAAAUGAGUCCCACCACAAGUGCGGUCCUGCAGCAGCAAAGGGAACGAGAACGUGAACGAGAGCGGGAACGUGAGCGAGAACAUAUGGGUGAAUUGCCACCACCACCGCCAGCUAUGUCACCCAAUGGAACCGAAGGAUCAAUUGGUGCUCAUGAUCUGCUAAUGGAUUCACCGAAUGAGCCCACCAUCAACCAAGCCACCACAAAUAUGGUCGAUGGCAUUGAUUUAGAUGAGAUUAAAGAAUUUGCCAAAGCAUUUAAGUUAAGACGUUUAUCAUUGGGCCUAACCCAGACGCAAGUGGGUCAGGCCUUGUCAGUAACCGAGGGUCCAGCGUAUAGUCAAAGUGCCAUAUGCAGUGCAUUAGCUGCACAAAUGUACGCUGCUCAACUCUCGUCUCAACAGCAAAACAUGUUCGAAAAGCUGGAUAUAACACCAAAGAGCGCUCAAAAAAUCAAACCCGUUUUAGAGCGUUGGAUGAAAGAGGCCGAAGAGAGUCACUGGAAUCGUUUUAAAUCGGGCCAAAAUCAUUUAACCGAUUACAUUGGCGUAGAACCAUCGAAAAAACGCAAACGACGUACCUCGUUUACACCGCAAGCUCUCGAGCUGUUGAAUGCUCAUUUUGAGCGUAAUACCCAUCCAUCGGGCACCGAAAUCACCGGCCUAGCCCAUCAAUUAGGCUAUGAACGUGAAGUUAUACGCAUCUGGUUCUGCAAUAAACGUCAGGCUCUUAAGAACACAGUACGCAUGAUGUCCAAGGGUAUGGUUUAA